AUGGUGGGUGGCAGGAUCUCCCGGCUCUCCGUCCGCGACGUGCGCUUCCCCACGUCACUCGGGGGCCACGGCUCGGACGCCAUGGUAAGCGCUGACUCCAGGGUUCCAUCAGAUUGGAGCUUUUCUUGCCUAUCUCCCGUUGUGCUUUCUACUCUUAGUGAUGUCAUGGUCAGGUUUCAGAUUGCUCAUGUGUGUGUCGUGUGGGUGGGGACAUUUUCCCUGCAGCACACGGACCCUGACUACUCAGUUGCCUAUGUCGUCUUAGAGACUGAUGCGGAAGAUGGACUCAGGGGGCAUGGAAUUACUUUCACUCUGGGAAAAGGCACUGAAGUUGUUGUCUGUGCGGUGAAUGCUCUGGCCCACCAUGUGCUUAACAAGGACCUGGAGGACAUAGUUGGUGACUUCAGAGGUUUCUACAGACAGCUCACGAGUGAUGGGCAACUCAGAUGGAUCGGUCCUGAGAAAGGUGUUGUGCAUCUGGCUACGGCGGCCAUUCUCAAUGCUGUGUGGGACCUGUGGGCCAAGCAGGAGGGAAAGCCUCUGUGGAAGUUACUUGUUGACAUGGAUGCCAGGACGCUGCUGUCCUGCAUCGACUUCAGGUACAUCACCGACGUCCUGACUGAGGAGGAAGCCUAUGAAAUACUGCAGAGAGGUCAAGUUGGCAAAAAAGAGAGAGAAGAGCAAAUGCUAACGCAUGGCUACCCUGCCUACACCACGUCGUGCGCCUGGCUGGGGUACUCGGACGACACGCUGAAGCAGCUCUGCACCGAGGCGCUGGAGGGCGGCUGGACCAGGUUUAAGGUGAAAGUUGGUGCUGAUCUCCAGGAUGACAUCCGUAGAUGCCAACUCAUCAGAAACAUGAUUGGACCUGAGAAGACUUUGAUGAUGGAUGCCAACCAGCGCUGGGAUGUGCCCGAGGCAGUGGAGUGGAUGGCAAAGCUGGCCGAGUUCAAGCCGCUGUGGAUUGAGGAGCCCACCUCCCCUGAUGACAUUCUGGGCCACGCCACCAUCUCCAAGGCGUUGAUCCCAUUAGGCAUUGGCGUUGCCACGGGAGAACAGUGCCACAAUAGAGUGAUGUUUAAGCAGCUCCUCCAGGCCAAAGCCCUGCAGUUUCUCCAGAUUGACAGCUGCAGGCUGGGAAGCGUCAAUGAGAACCUCUCCGUGUUGCUGAUGGCCAAAAAGUUUGAAAUUCCUGUUUGCCCCCAUGCUGGUGGAGUUGGCCUCUGUGAACUGGUACAGCAUCUGAUUCUAUUUGACUUCAUAUCAGUCUCUGCAAGCCUUACAAACAGGAUGUGCGAAUAUGUCGACCACCUGCAUGAACAUUUCACGUAUCCUGUGACAAUCAAGAAUGCUUCCUACAUGCCUCCUAAGGAAGCUGGCUAUUCCACAGAAAUGAAGGAGGAAUCUGUAAAGAAACACCAAUAUCCAGAUGGUGAAAUCUGGAAGAAACUCCUCACUGCUCAAGGGAAUUAAGGGUUCGGCCCUCACACCCACUUAUUUUUUAAGUGAAAAGGCUUAAAAUUUCUUGGGUCUGGUUUUAUGAAACUAGGGAAAGAAAAUCAUCCUACCAAUGAAAACAAAUUCAGCUGAAAGUCAUAUUAACCUCAAGAAUCAGCACAGUAAUUAUUAUUACUUAAUUCUUUUAGCAAAUAAACAUAC